AUGAUCGCUAAGUGUCUUGUUAUUUUGGCCAUCGUUGCCCAAAUCAACGCUUCCGGAUGCGACACUCGUGCCGUUGUUGUUUCUAACAAUGGAUGUGAAUGCGGAAACAGAAACGGAAACGGUAACGGUAACACUCUUACCGCUAAUGUCAAGACCUCCGAAUCUAACGGUGUCCUUACCAGAAACAUCGUCAUCAAGGGCAAAUACCCAGUCGCUUUGUGCAACUGCGGACCAACUCCAGACAGACAAAUCCCAGUCACCACCUCCCACGUUAGAACUCCAGUCCAAGUUAAACCAACUGUCCGUCUUCCAUACUCCAUCCCAGCCCCAAGAACCGUCUCUCACUCUUGCACUUGCUACAAGACCGUCAUGAGACCACGUGUCCACGAUCACAUCGUCUCUGUUCCAUCCGUCCAACGUUACAUCGAAACCACCCACAAGCCAGUCGUUGAAAACAUCCACUACGAAGUUUGCCCAACCAACUGCAACGAAGAAUCCAACACCGGAUACGUUUUCACUAAGGUCGGAGGAGAACAAAACUCUGAAGAAUCCUGCAAGAACACCCAAAACGUCCAAACUGUUCAAGUUCCACAAUGCCAACUCCAAACCGUUCAAGUUCCACAAUGUCAACAAACCGUUCAAGUUCCAGAAUUCCAAGUUCCACAAUGCCAACUUCAAUCUGUUCAAGUUCCACAAUGCCAACUUCAAUCUGUUCAAGUUCCACAAUGUCAACAAACUGUUCAAGUUCCAGACGUCGAAGUUCCACAAUGCCAACUCCAAUCUGUUCAAGUUCCACAAUGCCAACUUCAAUCUGUUCAAGUUCCACAAUGCCAACAAACCGUUCAAGUUCCACAAGUUCAAUCCUUCCAAGCCGUAGCUGCCCCACAAGUUCAAACUGUUGAAUUUCCACAUGUUCACGUUCCACAAUGCCAACAAAACGUUCAAUCUGUUCAAACCGUUGAAGUCCCACAAUGCCAACAAACCGUCCAAGUCCCACAAGUUCAAUCUUUCCAAGCCGUAGCUGCCCCACAAGUUCAAACUGUUGAAUUUCCACAUGUUCACGUUCCACAAUGCCAACAAACCGUCCAAGUUCCACAAUGCCAACAAACUGUUCAAGUUCCAGACGUUCAAGUUCCACAAUGCCAACUCCAAUCUGUCCAAGUCCCACAAGUUCAAUCUUUCCAAGCCGUAGCUGCUCCACAAGUCCAAACUGUUGAAUUCCCACACGUUCAAGUCCCACAAUGCCAACAAAACGUUCAAUCUGUCCAAACCGUUCAAGUUCCACAAGUUCAACUCCAAUCUGUUCAAGUCCCACAAUACUCAUCUUUCUCGGUCUUGAACAACUCCGGAUGCUCUCAAUGUUCAUAA